AUGUCACUAAAAACCAGCAAAGUACCUCAGAAAUGGAAAUCCGCUAAUUUAUUACCACUCCCUAAAGAAUCACCAUUAAAUUCGUGCAACCAGUUAAGACCAAUCUCUCUGACGGACAUCAUCAUGAGACUAUUCGAGAAGUGCGUGUAUAAAUCUGAAAUCGAACCUAUCACAAGAAAUAACAUUGGUCCUGACCAAUUUGCUUAUAAAAAGGGUCACAACUCGACUAUGGCUCUGAUUAAAUCCCAACAUCAAUGGCUAGAGUGGCUGGAUAAAAACGCUAAUUAUGUUAGAGUGCUGUCGUUCGAUUUCAGCAAAGCAUUUGACAGUGUGCCCCACGAUCUUUUGUUUGAAAAAGUUAAAAAGCUACCCAUUAAUCCGUAUGUGGUGAACUGGUUAAUUAGCUUUCUAGAAAAUAGAAUACAAAGAGUAAUGGUUGAUGGAAUGGUUACAGAAUAUUUAUAUAUUAAUCGUGGUGUCCCUCAAGGUACUGUUUUAGGCCCAGUUCUUUUCUCAAUAAUGGUUGAUGAUAUUAAAACUGCUGAUCCUAGUAAUGCGUUAGUCAAAUUUGAUGACGAUUUGACGUUAGGAGUGCCCGGCAACGAAAGUGGUGACACAUCUCGAUCUGAAGCUGCCUGUUUACAGGAUUGGGCGGAAGAGAAUAGAAUGCCCUUAAACUUGGAAAAAACGUACGAAAUGGUUGUUCGCAGACACACCUCUGUAGUUUUGCCCGAGCUUAUCCCUUCAAUUAAGCGAAAAACAUGGCUAAAGCUUUUAGGAGUUACUCUACAAGAUAACCCGUGCAACUGGGAUUUGCACUUUGAAGAAAUGCUCAAAAAAGCAAGUGGACGAAUGUACAUUAUGAGAGUUUGCAAAUACUAUGGACUAUCAAUUAAACAAUUAGAUCUGCUGUUUGAUAGCCUAAUUAUGUCGAUAUUCACUUUUGCUAUUGAGCUGUGGGGUUGUGCAUACGACGGUAAAUAUUUGAACCAAAUAGAUAAAUUCAUUAAACGUGCACAUAAGAAUGGUUAUAUAUCAAAACGAACACACAUUAAAGAAAUACGUGAUAAGAGAGAUAAGAAACUGUGGAACAAAAUAACAUCGACUGAGGACAAUGCAUUGCUUGAACUGCUGCCGGAAAAAAGAAGUAGGUUACUUAGGCCUAGAGGGCAUGAGUAUGAACUCCCCCUAGUGAGAACAGAAAGAUUCAAAAGGUCGUUCAUAAAUCGUUGUCUGUAUAACUUUGUUUAG